UGGAAACUAUUUGUUGAACAGAUAAAAAGGAGCACGUCUUGCUCAAGCCUACCAUUCAGUCGCCAGCUUCGACACCAUUCACAUCUCUCAGUCCAGAAGUAGCUUUUUACCUUUUUGUCAGGUGAAACUUAAUUAAAAAUAACGAAACAACUAAAAGCCGGCACUGUCAAGAACAGGGGAGAAAAAACUAAAUACUAAAACUUUAUAAACCUUAGAAAGACCAAAAAACUUUCAAUAAAUCACAAACAUGGAUGAUGAAGUCGCUGCUCUUGUUAUUGACAAUGGAUCUGGUAUGUGCAAAGCUGGUUUUGCCGGUGACGAUGCCCCCAGAGCUGUCUUCCCUUCAAUUGUUGGUCGUCCCAGACAUCAGGGUGUGAUGGUUGGAAUGGGACAAAAAGACAGUUACGUCGGAGAUGAAGCUCAAAGCAAGAGAGGUAUUCUUACCUUGAAGUACCCCAUUGAACACGGUAUUGUUACCAACUGGGAUGAUAUGGAAAAGAUCUGGCAUCAUACAUUCUACAACGAGUUGAGAGUUGCACCCGAAGAGCACCCUGUCUUGUUGACUGAGGCUCCUCUUAACCCCAAGGCCAACAGAGAAAAGAUGACCCAAAUUAUGUUCGAAACCUUCAACACCCCCGCCAUGUAUGUGGCUAUUCAGGCUGUAUUGUCCUUAUAUGCUUCCGGUCGUACCACUGGUAUCCAUGAAACAACGUACAACUCUAUCAUGAAAUGUGAUGUCGAUAUUAGGAAAGAUCUGUAUGCCAACACUGUAUUGUCCGGUGGUUCCACAAUGUACCCAGGUAUUGCUGACCGUAUGCAGAAGGAAAUCAGUGCCCUUGCACCACCCACUAUGAAGAUUAAGAUCAUUGCUCCACCAGAACGUAAAUACUCUGUAUGGAUUGGUGGCUCCAUCUUGGCUUCUCUGUCCACCUUCCAACAGAUGUGGAUUAGCAAGCAAGAAUAUGACGAAUCUGGCCCAUCUAUCGUCCAUAGGAAAUGUUUCUAAGUAUUAACUAUUAAUUUUUUAAUUGGAUUAAAAUUUCUAACAGCUAAAAGAUUGCCGAAUAUUCAUGUAAAUAAACACAACUUAUCGUGAUCGCAGAAAAAAUAAAAGUUUAAGGUACUGGGCUAGUUUUUGUUUACUUUUUGCCCUCAUUCUUGCUAACUUUUUACUGUUGGUCCGAAGAAAAAAAAAAAAUAGUAGUGGCACUAUUAUGAUACAUCGUUCUGGGUUACUUUUUGUCCAUACAUUCCAGUUUGAUGACUGAUCGUAGCAAUCUAGUUUGAACAGCUUUUUCUUUUCUUUUUUUAUUAACUUCCGUUCCUCUCGCUCUGAUAAUCAGGGUGAUCCUGCUGCACAAUUGCCAUUUUGGCCGCCUCUCAACGUACUCACUUAAGACACCUUCACGCGUGGAGGCUAGAAUCAAGCACUUGAAACUUGCUUGCACCACGGGUCAAAUCAGUGAAGCAGGCGUGGCCUUAUAUACAUGUGGCUUUUUGGGCGAUAGCCAUAAUGGGUGCUAAUCUUUUUUUUUCUUUUUUAUAAUAAAAUUUGAAAAAAUC